AUGUCACGCACGACGCCGUCGAGCCUGUUGACGCGCGCCACGCCCCCGCUCUCCCCGACGGCCGGCGGCACUCCGAGUCGCCUGGCCGUCGCGCCGGCCUCCCCGUCCACCCCGCAGUGCGCCAUCCCGGCGUCGCCCCACACGCCGGGCAGGGGCAGGGCGAGCGCUCCCACCCCGUCGCCGGCCACGCCGCGCACGCCGCGUCCGGAGAUCACGCUCCGGCAGCCGACGUCGCAGAAGCGCGCGCCCGCCGCCGUCAGGAAGCCGUCGCGCGCGCUCCGCGCGAUCCGCGCGCUGAUCCGGUCGCUGCCCAUCGUCGCGCCCGCGGCGUGCCGCCCGGCGUCCGCGCUCCCGCGCCGCUACACCAAGCCGCACGACGGGCACGGCGGCAGCUGCGGCGCGCGCGUCACCGGCACGUUCUACGGGCACCGCCGCGCGCGCAUCACCCUCGCCGUCCAGGAGCGCCCCGGCAGCCUCCCGUCGCUCGUGCUCGUGAUCGGCGUGCCCACGGGGAAGCUUAUGCAGGAGCUCUCCGCCGGCGGGCACGUCCGCAUCGCCCUCGAGUGCGAGAAGAAGUCCAAGAAGUCGACGCCGCCGGAAGGCGGCGGCAACGUGAGCCUGCUGGAGCAGGCGAUGUGGACGGCGUACGUGAACGGGCGGCGCGUGGGGUACGCGGUGAGGCGGGAGGCCUCGGAGGGUGAUCUCGCCGUGAUGCAGCUCCUGAGUACGGUCUCGGUGGGCGCCGGCGUGCUACCCGGGGACGUGGUGGACGCGCCAACCGGGUCGGAGGCCGACGGCGAGGUGGCGUACAUGCGCGCGGGGUUCGACAGGGUGGUCGGAAGCAAGGACUCGGAGUCGUUCUACAUGAUUAACCCGGAGGGGGGCGCCGGCGGUGGCACGGAGCUCAGCAUAUUUCUUGUCAGGGUGUAG